AUGGAUAUGGCCAUUCAAGACUUCAACAUGCAGCACAAUCAAACGUUUCUCAUGCUGAGAUUGAAGUGUUCUAAACGUAAACCUUUACAGUCAGCUCUUGCAGCAAGACAUCUGAUCAAUAAGAACAACGUGGAACUGAUUAUUGGACCAAGAUCAUGGGAGGAAACAUCCACCGUUGCAGAGGUUGGUGAACUCUAUGAUGUUCCAAUUCUUUCAUUUUCCGAUUCUAGUCCACCAUGGGCGGCUGAGCGUUGGCCGUUCCUCAUUCAAGCUGCAGCAGGGACACACGUGCAAAUGAAGGCAGUGGCUAAUAUAAUUCAAUCGUGGGGGUGGCGCCGGGUGAAUGUAAUAUAUGAGGACACAGAUUCAGCAGCCAAUGGAAUCAGUCCUUAUCUAUAUGGUGCUUUCCAAGCUGUUGAUGUCGAAAUAAGCAAUUUUUUACCCCUUUCUUCUUUUGCUGAAUCCUCUUUGUUGCACAAUGAACUCGAAAAUCUGAAACAAGAGCAAUGUAGAGUGUUCGUCGUGCAUACUUCUUUUAAACUCGCGACGCGUAUUUUUGGAAUGGCUAAGGAAAAAAGGAUGAUGGAGAAAGAAUAUGUAUGGAUCACCACUGAUUCCAUUACAAGUUCGGUGCAUUCCGUGAAUUUUUCCUUAAUUUCCUCUAUGCAAGGUGAGAAAUUACAUAGCAAUUUGUCACGUGUGGCGACAGUAGUAUGGCUUUUUGUGGCUCUGAUCAUCACACAAAGUUAUACAGCCAGCCUUUCGAGCAUGCUCACAGUGCAAAAUCUUAAACCAAAAAUAGCAAAUAUUGAGACACUAAAGAGCAAUAACGCGUUGAUUGGCUACUCGCAGAUGUCUUUCGUUAGGGGAUAUUUGGAGGGUCCUUUAGGCUUUAAAUCAAACAACAUCAGGAAUUUCACGUCAACAGAUGAGUAUGCACAUGCUCUUAGAAAUGGUACUAUUGCAGCAGCCUUUCUUGAAGCUCCUGUGGCUAAACUUUUUGUCGCCAAAUAUUGCAAGAGCUUCGUCAUUGCUGGUCCUACAUACCAAGUUGGAGGAUAUGGAUUUGCAUUUCCAAAGGGAUCCCUUAUACUUCCGGACAUAGAUGAAGCAUUACUGAAUGUUAGAGAAAAUGGGGUGCUGAAAGAUUUGGAGCAGAGAUUAAUAGCUUCUGAGCAAUGUGAAGAUAUUCCAUCAGACAAUGAAACUGCAAGUCUUAGCCCUCAGAGCUUUUUUGUGCUGUUUAUAAUUACAGGAGUCACAUCAUCAACAUCACUUUUAAUCUACUAUUUUCGGGCGAAAGACAGAUAUGAGAAUUCCAUGGCUCAAUAUAAAGGGAUUUGGAUUGCGAUAAUGAUGGUUUUGAACAAGUUAGGACAUCACAAAAAUAGACUUUCAAGAAAAGUAAGUGAUGUUGCUGAUGAAAAUCCCGAAAAUUCACCAAAUAAUUUGCAUUCUCGGCUGCAAGCCUAG